AUGGUAGUGCGAGCCCCUGAAAGCUCAGAAAUGGGCGAUCCGCCCCCUGCCGCCGGCAGUGGUGCGAGCCCCGAGAGCCUAGACAUGGUUUUUGAGGAUGUGGAGGAGAUGGAUUUGAACCUGGUAGAGGUGGAGGUGUCCUCGCGCAACAUGGGCUUAGGCACAGCACCCUCUCCGGAGCAGGUGCAGCAACAGGCGCCGGCUCUCAGCAACCGCAACCCGUCCAUCGAGCAAUCCUCGCCCGAGCGGACCUUUACUCCGACCGUGCAGCCGACAGAUGUUGACGCAAGUAGAACUACGCCUGUCAUCAACAUCUCUACGUCCAUUUCCGGACCUGAGGUCGCCGCAACUACGCCGACUGCCGUGGUGGAGCCUGCUGCUAGUCCGAGAUGUGGAGCAGAGGACCUCCUUGAAUGGAGUGCGGGUCUCGGGGAAGAUGGCGACAAGGCUGCGUCAGUGGUGCAAAGCCGCUAUCGCAACAAGAAGAAAAACCAAAACGAACCAGACGCAACAUCGGGACCAGGAGGAGCUCCGACAUCUACACCUCUGGUGCUCGAUCUCGAACAAGUCGAGCCCGAGCCUGCAGCGAGCAAAGGAAGUGCCGUAAUUGCUCCGACAACUACCGGUCAAAUAAACGUCGAGCAGGAUGAGGAAAUGCUAGGUGCCGCUUUCUUUUUGUCGCCAACAGGUACAACGACCGGCGUGCUCCUGUCGCAGGCGCCGGCAACUACUCCUAGUACCCCUUCGCCGCCAAGAUUUUUAGCCUCAGAGAACACAAUAGGCAGGGGUGAUGCUGCUACUGCCAACCAGCAGGUGUUGGCAAGCGAUCCGCAAAUGACGAGCGAUCUGCAGGAUUGGUCGCAAGCCCUGGGAGAGAAGGGCGAUGACGCAGCGCGCUCAAUACAAAAGCGGUACCGAGACAAGAGCAGAGUCGACGAGGCCCCGGUUGAGGCAAACGGGAACGCAUCUGCAGAGUCACUAGCGCCGACCGGCGGGGACGCUGGCACCGCACCUAGUCAAACUUUAGCAUCCGCAUUCGCGGAGCUUGAGGCAGCGGGUGCUAGUACCGCCAAGCCAGCUGCAGGGACAAAGAUUCCAAGCAUUCAGACGGAAAACCUUCUGCGCGAGCUCGAGGCAGGUCUGGAAGAUACUUCACCCUUAGGGGAUGUUGAUAUGGCCGUGCUGGAGAGAAAAAUUUCCGGAGUUGCGCCAGAAACCGCGGGACUGGUGGAGCAGGUACAAAUGAUUUUUUUUUUUUCAUGCCCUUCUUAUGUCUAGAAAAAAAAAAUCCAAUAGAAAUUCUCCAACGCCCCAAUAGAGAUUCUCCGUAUAGAGAAUCUCCCGCGUCGAAUCUAUCGGCUCCCGCUUUGUCUUCGGUUGCGUCUGCUCUUCGCCUUCGCCUGGCGCAAAGAAAAGCUGUCGACCUUCCUCUGGCGCAAAAGCCCACUCUCGCUUGACUUUUUCAAAAUGCUCUUUUUGUUCCGUGCCCAUGGACGGGGAAAAAAGUUCCUGUGCAUGUUUCGGCCUCUGGGGGUUCAGCUUUUUCAUUCUUUUUUUGCCCGCCGUCAGUUGCGGGGAAAGAAAGAAUAAUUCCGCACCGACCUGGCGGCCGGCGUAGGGGAAAUUGAGAAUAUUGCGCACACUGUGCGCGCGCGGGCUUCUUUUUGAGCGGCCAAACGCUCUUGCUCGCCGAUGCGCGGCAUCUGGCGGCGUGGCGGCAAUGAAAAAAAUUUCUGCGCGCUGCGUCGCGGGGGCUUUUUCUUGUGAGCAGCCGGGCGCUCCUUUUCGCCGGCCCGCGCACCACAUCAAUCUUGCGGCGUGCUGGUAUCGAAAAAUAAAUAUGCGCGCCGUCGCCAGCGCGCCGCGCUUUGUAGCGAUGCGGGAUCGAAUUCAAAAAAUUUUCGUGCGCUGCGCGCGCGCGAGUUUGUUUCUCGGAGCGGCCGCGCGCUCCCGUUGCAUGCCCGCGCGCCGCGCUUGGUGGCCAUGCGGAAUCGAAUUCAAAAAAUUUUUGCGCGCUGCGCGCGCGCGAUUUUGUUUCUCUUAGCGGCCGCGUACUCCCGUUGCCCGCGCGUCGCGCUUGGUGGCCAUGCGGAAUCGAAUUCAAAAAAUUUUCGCGCGCUGCGCGCGCGCGAGUUUUUUUUCUUUGAACGGCCGGGCACUCCCACCGCCCGCGCGUCGCGUUUGGUAGCGGUGUGGGAUCGAAUUCCAAAAAAUUUCGGGCGCUGCGCGCGCAAAUCCUUUUCUUUGAGCGGCCGCGCGCUUCCGUUGCCCGUGCGCCGCGCUUGGUGGCCAUGCGGAGUCGAAUUCAAGAAACUUUCGCGCGCUGCGCGCGCGCGAGUUUUUUUUUUUUGAGCGGCCGCGCACCCCCGUCGCCCCCCCGCGCGCCGCGCUUGGUUGCGAUGCGUGUUGAAGUGAAUUCAAAAAAUUUUCGCGCGCUGUGUGCGCGCGAGUUUCUUUCUUUGAGCGGCCGGGCACUCCCACCGCCCGCGCGCCUCGUUUGGUGGCGGUGUUGGAUCGAAUUCCAAAAAAUUUCGCGCGCAGCGCGCGCGCGCGUUUUUUUUCUUUGAGCGGCCGCGCACCCCCGUCGCCGGCCCCCCCCCGCGCGCCGCGCUUGGUGGUGCUGCAUGUGGAAGUGAAUUCAAAAAAAUUUCCCUCGCUGCGCGCGCGCGAGUUUUUUCCUCUGAGCGGCCGGGCACUCCGAUCGCCCGCGCGCCGCGUGUUGUGGCGGUGUGGGAUCGACUUCCAAAAAAUUUCGCGCCCUGUGCGCGCGCGAGUUUUUUUCUCAGAGCGGCCGCGCACCCCGGCCGCCCGAGCGCCGCGCGUCCCUGGUGGCGAUGGGUAUGGGGCCGAAUUCAAAAAAAUUUCGCGCGCUGCACGCGCGCGAGUUUUUCUCUCUGAGCGGCCGCGCACCCCCGUCGCCCGCGCGGCGCGCCUGGUGGCGCUGGAUGCGGAAUCGAAUGCAAAAAGUUUUUGCGCGUCUUUUUCCUUGGCCGGUCGCGUAUUUCCGUACGUCGCCCGCGCUUCGCGCUUGGUGGCGAUGUGGGGUCGAACUACAAAUUUUUUGCGCGCUGCGCGCGCGCUUUUUCUUCUACUGGGCGGCCGCACACUUCUUUGCGCGCGCCACACAUGGUGGCGCGUUUGCUGGGAUUGAAAAAAAGUUCUCGCGCAUUGUGGUCGCGCGCGCGGAGUGCGGAGGGGAUGGGUUAAAUUCUCUCGCGCGGGCUGCAGCCGUGCGUCGUGGUUGGAUCGAUGGAAUGGGAUAAAUUCUCCUGCGUUCUUGCGCGUCUGGUGUCCGUUUUUUCGAGCAGGCGGCGCGCGCUCCUUUUCGUGCGCCGCGACCCCCCGGCGUUGUUUGCGGGAAUGAAAAAAAAAACUCCUUGCGCUCCGCCCGCCUGGGCUUUUUCUUUCGUGCUGGCUGCCUUUUUCUGCGCGCCGCACCUAGGCGGCGGCGGACCGACGUUGUGGGGGCCAAAAAAAAAUUCGCGCGCUGCGCGCGCGGGCCACCUCUCGGGCAGGCGCGUGGGUGCUCUCGCGUGCCGUGUCUGGCGCCGUGGGUGGGAGGCCGCUAAGUGGGUCCAUCAAAGAUUUUCGAGGAGCGCCGCGCGCUCCUACGUUAUCGCGCGCCACACCUAGCUGGUGUGGGCGUGCGUCGCGAAGUUAAUCGUGCGGGCUGCCGCUAGACGGCCGGGCUGCGCCCAGGCUUUGCAGGCUAGCCAAGCCUUGGUUGAGAGGCUGGCAGACUAGCACCCAGGCUUUGCAGGCUAGCAAAGCCUGGGUGCCAGGCUGGCAGGCUAGCAAAGCCUGGGCGCCAGGCUGGCAGGCUAGCAAAGCCUGGGCGCCAGGCUGGCAGGCUAGCAAAGCCGGGGUGCCAGGCUGGCAGGCUAGCAAAGCCUGGGUGCCAGCAGGCUGGCAGGCUAGCAAAGCCUGGGUUGCCAGCAGGCUGGCAGGCUAGCAAAGCCUGGGUGCCAGCAGGCUGGCAGGCUAGCAAAGCCGGGGUUGCCAGCAGGCUGGCAGGCUAGCAAAGCCUGGGUUGCCAGGCUGGUAGCCAGGCUUCCUGGGUUGCUGGCUGGCAACCUAGCAUCUCAGAUAGAGAAUCUCUAUCCCAGAUAGAGAUUCUCUAUCCCAGAUGGAGAAUCUCUAUUUGGGAUGGAGAAUCUCUAUUUCGGCUUCGCCACUGGUGGAGGAGCUGCUGAAAUAUAGUAAAAAACAUGUGGGAAAACAGUAAGAAACAGAAAAAGAAGAAAAAAGAAAGAAAAAGAAAGAAAGAAGAAGAAAAAAGCGAUACGCUUUAUCGAGAAUUUCUAUUUUCCUCAGAGAAUCUCUAUUUCAAAUAGAGAUUCUCUGAGAUUUUCUAUUUCGAGAGCCUUGAUCAUUGCUGUAUCGAUCUCGUAUUGAAUGCCACUGACGUGGUGUCGUAGUUUCUUCUGCCUUGUUGAUUUCUACAACUCAUUCUUGUUUUCGGCGACACUGGUGCACGUCCAACUCAGUCACUGGUUGUGCCAGUAGCUCCUCUGCCGAUUGACGAUACGACUGGUCGGAAACAGUGCGGCCGCUAUAAUGCGUCUUUAGCGUGUUGUUCUUGCUCUUGGUAGAAGUUACUUUUACCUAUCAACAUCAUCGGUUAUUUAUGAUUGUUUGUCCUCGUAUUCAAAUCUUGCAGGCGGUUCCAGCCCCACCAGCCCGGUUAGCAGAGCUUCCGCGCGCGACGGCCAAUACCCCCUUACGUGAGGAUUCCGGAUUUGUCGAGCAGCCAUCAACGCUCCAGGAGCCGCGCACGCCGCGGGCACCAAUGACUCCGCGAACCGUCCAACUCGUACCCACGGCCCCACCACGACCUCUGGUUCCCGCCAUUCCGCGAUGGACCACGUUUCAGGACUAGCAAAUGUCAAAAUGUCUGGGUCUGGAAGGAUGCAACUUGUGAUCCUGUAUUUGGAUUCCAAAAAAAUCUGUAGUGCAUGAGUAGCAAACGGAAUGCAAUUUUUGCUACGCUGAGAAGGCAUUUGUCAUGCGGAAUAGGCAUCAAGAAGCCCUCAGGAAAUCUGUAUUGCUAGGGCGUGCAUCGCAGACAUCAUGGCUCAUGCAAGACGUGCGUCACAAGUUUCAGAAUCUUCCAGACCCAGACAUUUUUACAGUUGAUAAGGACCACGCAAGUACGAAAACGACCGGAGCUUUGUACACGCCGCGGGACCGGUAUGGAAGCGUCAGGUUUGAAAUCGUCAAAGUUGAAAAAAUUUCUCAUGCAUAAAAUGGAUGCCAGUUGGAACCCAGUUUCUACGUGGCGCAAGACAAAUUUCGGUGGUCCCUAAAUCCGCUUUGUCAUGCUGUUUGGGCAAAGAAGAGCGAUUUUCUCAUGCUAUUUUAGCAGCUCGAGCUGUAACCCCAAACAGGCUUACAAUCGGCCUCACUUGCCUGCUCUGCAACGCACGUGCCUCGGGUCAUGCAUUUUAUGCAUUGCAAAUUAUUUCAACUCUGACGAUUUCAAACCUGACGCUUCCAUAACCGGCUGGCCCGACGCCGCGUGUACGCCAAUCGGCUGCGGAGUGACAUGUUCUCGGAUUUGAAGGCGGGCGGCAACCGAGUGCAGCCGGUGUCUCGAGACUUUCUGCUGCGGCCGCGGUUUUCGGUGGAGGCGCGGUCGCCCAUGGUUCCGCAGUGGACCCCUCCAGUCCUCCGAAACUACCACGGCGGCGGCUAUGCGCCCACCGCCCCAACUACGCCACCCGCAGCGGCGGUCCCCGCCUUUCGCAGUCGCCGCAGCAUGCUGACGAGCGGUGGCGAGCAGCCUGAGCCUCGGUCGCAGCGUGGAAUGACAAGUUCUUCGUCCCCGCGCCCCGAUAAUUUGGUUCUGGUUCGGGAUAACGUAAUGGUCGCGGACACGCGCGCGCACGCAGCCGCACUGCGUAUGAACGUGCAAAUCAAUACCGAAUUCGACAAGAACUCGCGGCCCAUCCCGAUCGGCAACAACCCCUGGAUGGUGUACUCGACGCCGAGACGUAAUUACGCCACGACGGCCAGCUCCGAGUCCCCGACGCGCAGUCUCUCUCCGCGCGCGACGCGCACAAGUGCCGAUCGCGCCCGGGAUCGGGAAGACGAGCAGCUGAAGGCGGAGAAGGCGAAGGUGUUUACUCGCAGAAUGCGGCAGGAGCAGCGCCUGCUGCUGCAGCGCCAGCAGUUGGUCCUUCCGCCGCUCCCGCGACCGCCUCUCGCUUCCGCAGUGGUUAUCCUGGAUACAAAGCCAGGCUAUACGGUCGCCGCUACCGCAGUGCCAGCGUCAGCCAGGGGCGCGAGUUCUUCUCUGGCCGGACGACCUGCAAGCCCGAGCGCGCGACACCGCCCUGCGUCUGCCAAUCGUGGCCGCGUCUUCAAAGUCGCCUCUCGUUUUGAGUGGAACCCUCAGCGACCGGAUGAGGAAGGCGUGAUUCUAGUGGACCUGCAGGAACCGGCUGAGAAUGUUGAAAUCUUACAAGUUAUCAACAGCUAGCUGCAGUUCAUUGGCAUGAUCGCGGAUAUUUUUCUUGAUGGAGUUUCCUGCAGGUCGUAGUUGUCCUGCGCACUACUUACUUUUUUUUUGAACGUGCUGGGUGGAGUGACUUCACCUUGUAUGACGUCACGUCGGGGAGAGGACUUUAUUCACGAAUAAAGCACAUGUGUCACAAGAAGUCUAGAAGUAGUAGAGUACAUGAUUUCCACUUCGUCGAUGAAUAUUUUGUCGUGUAUUUCCUCUGAACAUUUUCC